GUCAGACGGUGGCCUCAUACAGACACACCGAGGGAAUAAGUUAAAUUAAAAAUCUCAGUGUUUCACAGAUAGAUAACAGGACUGUUAUCUUCAUAAAAGUGGAGUUGGGGUCGUUUCUUGCAUGACCAGAUGAUGAAAUGUCCCAAACUACAGGUCUUCUGACUCCAGGGCUAACAAGUGAGGAUCCACUGCUGCAGUCGCCUCCAGUACCUUAAAAGGAGAACAGCACCCACUCGGUACCCACAAGUAAGUGUCUUGUGCAUGUUGAGUCUCCAAAGAGAGCAACUGUGCUCACCAAGUCCCCUGAGGAAGCACCUGUGACCACCAAGCCCCCGCUGAGGGGAAAACAGAUCAUCACAGAAAAUAUGUAACAGCAUUUCACAAGGCAUGCUCUCUUGACACCUUUGCCCUGAAGGCCCCCAAAGAGACCACCUACGCAAAGUAGUACUACAGCCACCUGUGCAGAUCACGUGACAGUCACACCAUCUGAACAAAACCUGUGUGUCUCAGGGCAUCACAAACAGAACAACAAACCAACUGUGAACUGAACUUCAACUUGUCUCUUUGACAUGAGUGGUUGGGGCCAUGCUCCAGGUUACAAAUAUUGCAUGUGCCCAUUUUGGCUCUACAAAUCUGAAUGUCCGGAAUGUGGAGGAUGGCAAUAAUUCACAGUAUGUGGACCGGACAAACUGUGGUAGACUCCGUUCUCGAUCUCUUUACGGCUUUGAGGAGACAAAACACUCAGUGGGAGAGACUGACAAGGACAGAAGCUACAUAAGACCUCGUUCAAGAUCAUUCUAUGUUUCUGACACUGAUGAUGCAGGAACAGGUAAUUUUAGCAGAUGCAAUUCUAUGAGACCAAGAGCAAGAUCACUACACAAUGAGGAUGGGAAGAGAAACACUGGUGGGACAUCUAUCACUGCAAAGCCUCCGAUCAAAAGACCUAAAGGAAACUCAAGCAAACGAGCCAGCAAGGAGCUUAUAGGAAAAAAAGGAAGUUUAAAGGGUGUACCCAUGAUGACCAUUUCCGAGGUGGAUAAGUGGGAGAUAAGCUCUUCUUCUGGGAUGAAAUACGGUCAGUAUGUAGACUGGGAAAAGAUCGACCCAGAAGCGGCCAUCCGUUAUCAGAAGAUCCUCUCAAGUGAUCAUUAUGAGCUCAAAGCAAUGGGCCGUACAGGAUUCUGGUCCAUGCCUCAUACUCUCAGAGCCAAGGCUUACCAGCACAUCAUCCACAGCAUCGAGAGCACAUCCACCACAGCUGAUGUGGACACUUACCAUGGCUUAGCUGGGAAGCUUUUUGGGGAAUUUCAAACAAGCACACACCCUUUCCCAAAGUUCAUGGAGGAUGGGGAAAUUCCCAGAUACUGCCUUAACAAAGCAGGUCUGAAUUCCGUAAAAAAAAUUCUCAUUUGUGUAAACCACCACUUUCCUGAUGUCAGCUACUGUCCUAUUCUGUCCGCUCUGGUGUCUCUUCUCCUGCACUUCAGUGAGGAUGAAGCCCAGUGUUUCCACAGUAUUUGUUCCCUGGUGUCCUACACAGACCCUAAAAAGCGUUACAUCGACCAGACUUUCCUCACUUCACGUGCCUCAUGCAUGACCUUUGGAGACCUUGCCAAUAAAUACUGCAGGGGAAUCCGGAAGCUAAUAGCCAGCUCCCACCAGAACCUGUUUGAGUUCUACUCUGACUGGAUCAUGUGGAUCUUCGCCGAUCUACCUUUCACAUACGCUAUCAGAGUGCUCGAUGUCUAUCUACUGGAGGGCUACAAAGUUUUAUACCGUGUAGCUCUUGCUCUACUCAGCCUUUACAAGGUCUCUGUGUCUUCACGAGUGGCCCACGUUGACGACUUCAGACAGGACAUGAAGAAUUUUGUGCAGAAUGUGGGACGACACAGUACUAAUGAUGCUCUGCUUCAGAGGGCUUUUAGUAUACAGCUUCCCACACGCAACGAACUGACUUAUCUCUUCAAUGCCAACAAGGAUGCACUAAUUCAUAAGGACAUCCACAAUAAGAGCUCAUACCAAGCUAUGGAUUUUCGGGCCUUCAGCUCCUCUGUAGUAACUGAAACAGAGAUGAGGGUGGUCUGGGCAUGGAUUCCAGAGCGAUUUGCUUUAUUCAGUCCUGUGCAGCUAUUCGGCACAAAUGUUGAUGACAGAAGGCUCUCUUCGUUUUAUUCCAAAGUUCAAGGUCACGAUCCAACUGUUUUACUCUUGAAAACUGCCGACGAGGAGGUUUGUGGGGCUUUCUUGUCCUCAGACUGGGCUCAGAAGAAUUGUGAUGAAAAGGGAUUUAAGUUCUUUGGCACAGGAGAGUGUUUUGUUUUCACUCUACGACCAGGAAUGGAACGGUAUCAGCGAACAGUGUUGCAGAUCUCUGGGAUGUCUGGCAAAUGUGAUUCCUCUCAUCAGAAACAAAUUCUCUCCAUUAGCUCUCUGAUAACCACUCAUGUGGACAGAACUACUGGAGGCUCUCCACUCUGUACAGUGUCAGCCUUCAAAUUCAUGGCAGGGGAUGAUGAGACACUCUUCAUUGGUGGUGAUGGUGGCCACGCGCUGCACCUGCAGGCUGAUCUGACAGCUGGCUGUUCUGAACGCUGUGAUACGUUUGAGAGUCCACCGCUGUGCAGGGGAUGCUUCAAGAUCCAGUCUCUAGAGGUGUGGGGAAUCCAGCACUCUUUGUCUGUACCACCACUGCUUUCACAGUGAAGACUGUGGAGGAUAUGUGUUCAUUGUCCACAUACUGUAUAUCAGAGUCACACUGCCAAAUGUCAUCAUGCUUUCAGACAAAGCUAAGGACAUUAAAGCAUUUUUUUUUUUUUUUUUUACUGCAGUGUAAAACUACAUGUACACUGCUGUGCUACUACAGUACGAAAAAAAAACUCUGUAAAUUUAAGAUUGAAAUUUCCACAAUAUAAUUUAUUUACAUUUUCAAAUACUUUAUUAUUAUAUGACUUUAAUUUAACAUUGUGGUCCCGUUGUUCACUGUAAUUAUGGAAUAACUAACGUUUGUAAAGACAGUAUUUGAAUAGCAGUUUAUUGUAAAUAAAAUAUAGAGAACUUUUAUACCAGGAAGAUACAAGUGAAAUUAAACCAUGGUGGUGGUAAAUAAAAAUAUAUGUGUAUUGUGUAAAUAUUUAAAAGAAAGGUGACUAAAACACUGAGGGUUGUUGUACAAAGUAGGUUAUAAUGGCUAAGAUUUGAGUUUAGUUUAGGCAAACACUGUUUUUUUGGGCUCAAGAAUGCGGACUGGGUUUAUGUUUAUGCUAUAUCUUGUUAAUCUUGCUCUAAAGCUGGUUUUAUUCUGAGUAACCAAUUGCAAAUCAAAACUGAACCACUCAGCUAUAGGUAAAGUGAUACAGCAAAGCAAUGGUGGGUAACAAUGCCUUCAAGAUCCACUGUUCUGAAGAUCCAAUCAUAAUCAAAUACACCUGAAAAAUCUAACUAAAGUCUAUUUAUUUAUUUAUUUAUUUUAUAUACUUAAGAAUUAUGUAUUAUUUAUAUCAUGUCUUUAAUG